GCGCACCCGACGACGCGGCCCCCGGUCUCGACGCCCUUCGCGGGCUCCAGGAGCAGGGGAAGAUUAAAUGAGAUACUGCAUGAGUGUAAGAAGACAUUAUUUUGGAUAAUAGGAAGAGCUGUAGAGUUUACAGAUAUCAACUGUGGCCUUAAUGAGCACAUUGAUAGCAUCCAGACAGACAGUCCUAUUACUGCUGGAUUGUGCAAGAUAAGUUAACCCUGUUUUCUUUGAGGUAUGACUUAAAUAUUAAACAUCUUACAUAAUAAAGGGAAAUAUUUUAGUUUUGGAAGUCAGAAUGCCAAGGAGAAGGAAAAAUCUUGGGGGAAAUCCUUUUCGGAAGACUGCAAACUUUAAGGAAGUUGUCGUAUCCAGUGUUGCUAGUCAUGAGGAGCCAACUACUCUUCCUUCCAUGUGUGAAACAAAAGUUGAUCAGGAAGAACUCUUCACCAAUAUCUCAGAGAUGUUUUCUGAUCUGGAUCCUGAUGUAGUGUAUUUGAUGCUUUCUGAAUGUGAUUUCAAAGUUGAUAAUGCCAUGGAUUGUCUAUUAGAAUUAUCUGCCACUGAUACCAAGAUAGAAGAAUCGUCUUCAAAAAGCAUCAUUGCUUCUGAGAACCAAGUAAGUGCAGCAGUAAAUGAAAUAAUGGAAAAGUGUCCGCCGGAAGAAGAAAGUGAAGAUUCAAAAAUGGAUUCAUUCUUCGACAUGCAGUUAACAGAAGACUUGGAUUCCUUGAUACAGAAUGCUUUUGAGAAAUUAAACUCUUCUCCUGAAGACCAAGUAUGCUCAUUUUUGCCUUUGGAAGAUGUUAAUAGUUUUAGUGACCCACGUGCAUUCAUAAAUUCAGAUUCAAGUAGUGUGACUCCCAUUCUUUCUACACAAAAUAUGGAUUUGAACAGUGAAAAUGUAGAGACUUCUGCCUCUACUUUAAGUUCAAACACCUUAACUUCACAGUCAGUUUCAAAUGAGCCCGGAAGUUUUAUAAAGCAUGACACAUUGGAAGAUUCUCUUCUCAGUAGUUCUUUAAAUGUAGCAGAUGACACUGCGGUGGGUUGUAGCAGCAGCAAUCAAAGAGAGAAUGAUCUUUUAGAAUCUGAGUGUGUUGAGACUCAGUUCUCUCAAGCCCAUGUAGAUUUGGAUGCCAAUGAACCUCAGGCUCCUUUAAACUCUACUGUGCAAAAUCCAGGGCUUGGUUUACUGGGUCCCGGUGGGAAUCAGAAAUCUACUUCUAUCCCGGAUGUGUUUGUACCUUCUGAAGAAUUCAAUUUCAAGCCGCACAAGCAUAAUGAAUUGCCACCAAAGGGGAAGGAUGUAAAUUACUGUCCAAUGCUUGCCCCUCUUCCUCUGUUGCUGCCUCCUCCACCUCCACCAAUGUGGAAUCCAAUGAUUCCUGCUUUUGACCUCUUUCAAGCAAACCAUGGCUUUGUAGCUCCUGUUGUUACCACAGCUGCACACUGGAGACCUGUCAACUAUACGUUUCCAUCCCCAAUUAUUUCUCACCCUUCUCCAACAAAGAUAUGGAGAAAUAAAGAGGGAACAAGUGCUUAUCAAGUGCAAGAAACUCCAGUUUCUCAGGUUGUAAGAAAGAAGACAUCUUAUGUUGGACUGGUUCUUGUUCUUCUCAGAGGGCUUCCGGGAUCAGGAAAAUCUUUUUUGGCAAGGACUAUGCAAGAAGAUAAUCCGAGUGGAGUCAUUCUUAGUACUGAUGAUUAUUUUUACAUAAAUGGACAGUACCAGUUUGAUGUAAAGUACUUAGGAGAAGCACAUGAAUGGAACCAGAAUCGUGCAAAAGAAGCAUUUGAAAAGAAGGUGUCUCCUAUAAUAAUAGAUAAUACAAACCUACAGGCAUGGGAAAUGAAGCCAUAUGUUACUUUGUCUCAAAAGCAUAAAUAUAAAGUCCUUUUCCGGGAACCAGACACAUGGUGGAAGUUUAGACCAAAGGAACUUGCAAGGCGUAAUAUUCAUGGGGUAAGCAAAGAAAAAAUAACAAGAAUGUUGGAACACUAUCAACGUUUUGUUUCAGUGCCAAUAAUCAUGAGUUCUUCAGUGCCAGAAAAAAUUGAACGUGUUGAGUUAUGUGCAUAUUCUUUUGAGGACCGAAGUUCUAGCCCAAGAGACAAUGAAGACAUUACCUCUGAAAAAGAAGAAAAUGUCUUAUCCUCAUCUCUGAAGCACAUAGAGUUAAUUGAAGAGGAGCAACUUGAAGUGACCAAAGAAGCUGUGUUACCUGAGAAUGUCACAUGUCUCCCUAGUGCAGAUGUAAACAAAGGAAGUGAUGUGAAUCCUAACAUUCAGAGUGCUUUGAUUCAGGAAGUUCCAGACACGUAUUUUUUUGAUUCUGAAAGCAAAGUAGGAGUAACAGACAAAAGUGAAAAAGAAGAGCAAGUAGAAAUGGCUUCUGAAAAAGAAUAUAGUAAAACCGAUACACAUAGUUUUGUAGAGAGAUUGUCACAAAGUAUUAGCUAUGGUGAAGAUAAUCAAGAAGACUGUGAUCUUUCAAAUACUGUAUCACUUCAGAAUGAAAAUUCUUCACCUGGUGAAAUAUUGGGAGAAAGAACAGAGGUAAAGAAAAAAGCCUUUGGAAAACAAAAAAGCAAAUCAACUUCAGAAAAGUUUCCGAGACAUGAGCUAUCAAAUUUUGUUGGUGAUUGGCCAGUUGAUAAAACGAUUGGUCAGAGAACAAAAAGGAACCGAAAAAUGGAAAAGGCUUCAUCUGUACAAAAUGACAAAAAGGAUAAUUGUCCUCCAUCAUUCAUAGUAUUAGAUAAUGGUCUGUCUGUGAAUAUGGGUAACACCCAGCAACCAGGAUGUCCACAUGAAAGUGUAGAGGAUGACAAGAAGUCACAAUGUGAUGAUGCUUCAGAAGCUUUUAGUAGCUGUCACUAUGAUGCUUACAAAAAUACUGAAAAAAACUCAUUCAACAUUGUGGGCGACUGGCCUUCAUCUGAUUCUUUAGCUCAGAGAGAGCACAGAUCAAGAACGCCAAAGGCAGCUUUAAAUGAACCCAGCCUAGAAUUUGCAACUAAUGACAUUAUGAGUGAAAUAUCCUCAUACACAGCACAUGAGGCCUGUUGGGGCACAAGCCCUGAAGAACUAAAAACGUUGGGUAGUGCUAUUCUAGGAAGUUCUGAAAUGCUAUCUAGUGAAAUGACCUGUGAGAAUAAGAUUUGUCCAAAUAAAAUGAUUCCUGGGCAACACACAUUGUCUCUUACUUUUACCAAUAGUGUUCCAACUAUUCCUGGUGUAGUAGGAGCACAGACUUUAGCUGAAUUUCCAGAGGGAAAGCCUAAAGAAGUAGGCGUGUGUACCCAGACCGAACCACAGGAUUUUGCUCUCUUAUGGAAAAUAGAAAAGAAUAAAAUUAGUGUUUCAGAUUCUGUGAGAGUAUUAACAGGAAGAUUAGAUGGAUUUAAACCAAAAGCUUUCAAUAUUAACACAAACUUAGAUGUUCAAGAAACAAUUCCCUAUCGGGUAAUGCAUGAUAAAAGCACGUUUGUUGAAGAAAGUGAGCUUACCAGUGCCGAUGAAUCUGAAAAUCUUAAUAUUCUUUGUAAACUAUUUGGAUCUUUUUCAUUAGAAGCCCUAAAAGACUUAUAUGAGAGGUGUAACAAAGAUAUUAUUUGGGCCACAAGCCUUUUGUUGGACUCUGAAACUAAAUUAUGUGAGGAUACUGAAUUUGAGAAUAUCCAAAAAUCAUAUGAAGAAACACAAAUUGGGCCAUUUUCUCUAGGAUUUAAUUUGAAGGAAAUUAUUAGCCAAAGAGGAACCUUGGAAGAUUAUAAUUCUGUGCCAGAAUUUAGCCCUGAGAUUGAUAUCACUGACCUGAAUGCACAGUCUACCUGUGAUUCAGAAAAGGGAAACUCAGUGCAGGCAGAAAUAAGAGCUACAACUACUGAAAAACCUGGAUUAGUAAGUCUAUUUCCUAAUGUCACCAUGGAUCUAAAGAACACUAAUGAAGUGCUUCCUAAUAGUCAGGCAGAACUUCCAGUCGAACAUAAUAUUAACCAGUCUUUUUCAGGUGCUGUAAAAGCUACUCCUGCUCAAGAUUGGAGUGAAAUGGAGAAGACUCUAGAAGUGACAGAUAUUGGAGGCAGUAUGCAUUCUUCUUUGGAUUUGUCUGAUAUUUUAAACUCUGUAUCGAGCACUUCAAAUCUUGAGUUAAAUGAAGAAAUUUAUUUUCCUGAUUCUUGUGAAAUAAAAAAACAUGAAAAUCUUCCAAAGGACUAUAUGAAAUUUCCAAACACAGAAGAAUGUAUGAAUGAAGAGGAACAGGAAAUGGAAAAAAUUCUAAUGACAGGGAGUACUUUGCCAGCUGGAGUUAGUGAGGAAGAUAAAACUGAGAUGUUGAAUCCCACACCAGUGAUGACCAAAUCUCUUACCAUAGACUGUCUGGAAUUGGCAUUACCCCCUGAACUGGCUUUUCAGCUCAAUGAAUUAUUCGGCCCUGUUGGUAUUGAUUCAGGGUCUCUAACAGUUGAGGAUUGUGUGGUUCACAUAGAUCUUAAUCUGGCUAAAGUGAUUCAUGAGAAAUGGAAAGAAUCUGUAAUGGAGCGACAAAGACAAGAAGAGGUAUCCUGUGGCAAGCUAAUGGGAGAUCCUUCCCUGGUUGGGCAUAUUGGUCUUGAUAAUACUGAACAAAAAUCAUCUCAAAGAACAGGCAAAAAAUUACUGAAGACUUUAGCAGCAUCUGAAAUGGCAGCCUUACAGGAUCAUUGGAAUACUCAAACUAAAAAAGUAUCACUCAGAGAAAUAAUGUCAGAAGAAAUUGCCUUACAGGAAAAACAUGAUUUGAAAAGGGAGUCAUUUAUGUUUGAAAAAGAUUGUGCCACUAAACUAAAGGAGAAGCAGCUCUUUAAGAUAUUUCCAGCCAUUAACCAAAAUUUUCUGGUGGACAUUUUCAAAGACCACAACUACUCAUUAGAACACACAGUGCAAUUUUUAAACUGUGUUCUUGAAGGAGACCCUGUAAAAACAGUUGUAGCACAAGAGUUUGUUCACCAAAAUGAGAAUGCCACUUCUUACACUGCACAGAAGUCUAAGGAGAAAAAGGCAAAGAAAUCGAAGGAGACUGAAGAUACACAGAGUGAAUCACCCUUCCAGGAUUUUGAGUACCCUAAGUACGACGACUACAGGGCAGAGGCUUUCCUGCACCAGCAGAAGAGGAUGGAGUGCUACAGCAAGGCCAAAGAGGCUUAUCGGAUGGGGAAGAAAAACGUUGCCACAUUUUAUGCCCAGCAGGGUAGUCUCCAUGAGCAGAAGAUGAAGGAAGCUAAUCACCUUGCUGCUAUAGAGAUCUUUGAGAAAGUCAACGCCUCCCUGCUGCCACAGAAUGUUUUAGACCUCCAUGGACUGCAUGUGGAUGAAGCUAUAGAACAUUUGAUGGCAGUUUUACAGCAGAAAACUGAAGAAUUUAAGCAGCAUGGUGGCAAGCCCUAUCUGUCCGUGAUUACGGGGAGAGGCAAUCACAGCCAGGGAGGAGUAGCUCGAAUCAAGCCAGCUGUCAUUAAAUACCUCACAAGCCAUAGCUUCAGGUUCUCUGAAAUUAAACCAGGGUGCUUGAAGGUCAUGCUAAAGUAAAAUAAACAUCCUUGACUUAGAAGUAUGAAGGAGGAAAGUUGGGGUCUGAGAUUAUAUUGCAGUUUUAUACCUUCCAAAGGCAGAAAAAUUUUCAGAGAAGGAGAAGUGGUUAGAUAUCUACCAAAUGUUGCCGUCUUACAGAACUGCUUCUAGAACUGUCUGUGUAAGUGGUAUUUAAGAUAGUUCUAAAGAGCCGUCUUUCAUAUUUGAGGGGUGUAAUUUCUAGGCUGCAGUAAGGUCAAAAUUCUGUUAACUUAAAAACAAAUAUAGAAAACACUUUUGAUAUAAGUAUAAAAAGAAUCACUACAAUGUAAAAGUUUUUAACUUUUUAAAAAGAGCCAACUUCCUGGAAGAAAACCUCCACUGGCUUCUGUGUUUUGGUCAGCUAAGAAGUCCUGUUAGUGUGUGAAAGUAUGUCAGUACAAGUUUAAUGUGAUAAAGUUUAAUUUUCCAAUAUGAGACAGUGGUUUAAAUAAAUCUGACUUUGGAUAUGGAGAAUACUUUCAACAUAAAAUUUUAACAAUUGUGUUGCUCUUUGACAAGCUUAAAAAAUCAUUUGGAUCAGGAAUUAUAAGAUUGAACCGUUACUGAAAGAACCCUGGAUUACAGAAGGGUUUCCUAAAAUAACACAUAUUAAUGAAACUAGAACUCAAAAACACACUUAUAUAUUAUGAAAGCAUGCUUUUAAAAGAAGAGCUGUGUUGUUGAAUUUAUUUCCACAAAAAUAAUAUGUUUAUUAUUUAGAAAUGGUUAGUGA